UCAACCGUUGGAUCAAAUAAUAUUGGAUGCCACACAAAAUCCAAAAUUUAUCUGUCGAUUGCCUUCCUACUUUCACUCUCCUCCAUCUACUAUUUUUAGCUAACAGGGCCCUAUAUAUACAGCAGCAUUGACCCCAAACAUUUUUCCUCAGACCAGACCGACCCAAAGAACUUAACUCUGCGAAAGCAAAAAAGCUCAAAGGCCUCUCUGCUCUCUCAUCUUCUUCCACACAAAUCCUUCCUUAUUAACCCUACAUUUAUCUUUCGUAAUUUCCUUGCAUAUAUAAUCAAAACAAAAAAACUAUAAUUUCUUGUCCAAAUUAAUUAUGGCUCCGGAAAUUGUGUCAGUGAGCGGACAAAUGGUAAAACCAACGAUUCUAACCAAUAAUAAUAAUGCAUCAAAUACUAAAGCAUAUGUUACGUUCUUAGCUGGAAAUGGGGACUACGUGAAGGGAGUCGUUGGUUUGGCUAAGGGUUUGAGGAAGGUACAAGCGGCGUAUCCGCUCGUGGUGGCGGUGCUUCCCGAUGUGCCGGAGGAGCACCGCCGUAUAUUGGAGGCUCAAGGUUGCAUUGUUAGGGAGAUUGAGCCUGUUUAUCCACCGGAGAAUCAAACUCAAUUCGCCAUGGCUUAUUACGUCAUUAAUUAUUCCAAGCUUCGUAUAUGGGAGUUUGUGGAGUACGAGAAGAUGAUAUACCUAGACGGUGAAAUACAGGUGUACGACAACAUUGAUCAUCUAUUUGAUUUGCCUGAUGGCCACUUUUAUGCGGUGAUGGACUGCUUCUGUGAGAAAACAUGGAGUCACACACCUCAAUAUAAAAUAGGCUACUGCCAGCAAUGCCCAGACAAAGUUAAGUGGCCCAAUGACAAUGAGGAAUUGGGUCAACCACCUUCCCUUUAUUUUAACGCUGGCAUGUUCGUGUUCGAGCCCGACCUUGACACUUACAAAGACCUCUUGAAGACCCUUAAGAUAACUCCUCCUACUCCCUUUGCUGAACAGGACUUCCUGAACAUGUAUUUCAAGAAUAUUUACAAGCCAAUACCUCUAACUUACAACCUUGUCUUAGCAAUGUUAUGGCGUCAUCCAGAGAACGUUAAAUUGGACGAAGUAAAAGUUGUACAUUAUUGUGCAGCGGGAUCAAAGCCAUGGAGGUACACAGGGAAGGAAGAGAACAUGGAAAGGGAAGACAUAAAAAUGCUGGUGCAGAAAUGGUGGGACAUUUACAAUGAUGGGUCCUUGGACUACAAGAAGCCGGUCAACCAAGGAGCGGAUAAUUCAGAACCCAUAAAUUUGCAGCCAUUGAUUGCAGCAGCUAUGUCUGAAGCUGGUGCAGCGCACUAUCUCACUGCGCCCUCCGCUGCUUAGGCACGGAGAAUAUAUAGACCGGGAUUUAACAAGGUUAAAGUUCCCCGAUUUUUUCUCUUGAGAGGUAAAACUUAGGGUUGAUUGCAGAGAGCAUGCAGUUAUCUUCCGAUAUAUAUUCUGUAAUUUGAGUGACAUACCUGAACCGCAGUAAUGUAUUAGAUAUAUGUUCUCUUGAAUGAAGAAUAUUUAUGGAUAGGAAUGGGAAACGUGGAUCUUGAUUUUAUAUCGUUUUUGUUUUUUGAGUUCAAUUUUGUUUCCGAAGA